GCCAAUGGAAACCUGGUGGUAACAGAUGAUGGCAUCACUCUACCGCUGAAAGACUCCAGGGUGUCAUCCGAGGAGGAGGGGGGGGUGUCGGUGAGCCUGGUGGCGUCCCAGCUCAGAGGGUACGCGGUGUGGGACGGGGGUCUAGCCCAAGACGGGAGUCUCUUCCAGGGUUGUCCCGGCCGAGCGGCCCCCUCCCUGCUCUUCCUCUGGGUGUCUGAGGCCCAGGCCAACCUGGUACAGACAGAGCUCUCUGCCCUCCACCCCGUUACACUGCCUGGUCAGGCCUGUCCAUUCCUCCUCCUGGUCCUAAGAGAACAGCUGGGUGAUCUGCAGGCUGCUCUGCUAGCCUCCAUGCUGGAUGUAGAGGCCUUCCGUCAGGGCCGCUCCUACGACCUGAAGAGUCCCCUGUCCUGGGCAGACGGCCUGGCACUGAUACACAGCUGUCCCCAGGACGCCCACCUCCUCACCCUGCUGGGGCAGAGCCUGGUGGCAGACCCCUGCCUGGGGACAGCAAAGGGGAGCCCCAGUCGGACGAGAAGGAACCACAGAAGCAGAGAGCCUUACUCCAGACUCAAGGGCCUGCUGCCCACCAGGUUGAUCCAGUACCCACCACUCCCUUCCAAAGGAGGAAUCACCGUGACAACAGAGGACCUAGACUGUCUGGACAGUGGCCAGUUCCUCAAUGAUGUCAUCAUUGACUUCUACCUUAAGUAUCUUCUCCUGGAGCGGGCCCCGGGCCCCUGGCAGAGAUGUCAUGUCUUCAGCAGCUUCUUCUACAAGCAGCUGACCCGCCGGGACACGUCCCUGGAGGAGGAGGCUGCCAUCCCGGCCAGGGACAGGAGACACCAGAGGGUGAGGACGUGGACCCGCCAUGUUGACAUCUUCAACAAGGACUACCUGUUUGUGCCGGUCAAUCACAAAGCCCACUGGUACCUUGUGGUGAUCUGUUUCCCUGGCCUGGAGCAGGCCCAGCAUGAGGAGUGGUCUGGCCUAGCUGGAGUGGAGGCCAACGGGGGGAAGAGGAAAUGCCAGCCCCAGGCUUCAACUGGGCCUUCUCCAGAGGCCAGCAACCCCAAACUGCAGAACGGAGCAGGGAGAGCCAGUGGGAAACCUACAUUGAAGCCCCACAACCCACCAGCGUGUACCCAAGAUGGUUGUCAGAGGGAGACCAUCAUUAAGAAACCCUGCAUUCUCAUCAUGGACUCUCUGAAGAUCUCUUACCAUGAGAGCAUCUAUAAGCUCUUGCGGGAUUACCUACAUGUAGAGUGGGAGGUGCGUAGAGGAACACGCAGAGACUUCACUGUAGACAGUAUGAAGGCUUCCCACUGUACAGUCCCUCUACAGGACAACAGCAGCGACUGUGGCCUCUACCUCCUGCAGUACGUGGAGAGCUUUCUGCAGAACCCAGUGGUGCACUUUGCUCCCCUGCGUUUGGAGCGCUGGUCACGGCAACAGGUGUGGAGGAAGAGGGAGGAGAUCCGGAGCCUGGUGAUGGAGCUGCACAGUUGCCGGGGCAACGGCGGGAGCAGCUGCAGGUAGCCACGGUACCUGAUCAGCAAUGCACUACUACUACAACACGCCUAAACUGUGAAGGACUUUGACUUUUUAAAUGUACAAUACAUGGAAUAUUUAUACUAUUUUUGUAUUACUAUUUUUUUUUAAAUAAAAUGUCACAGGAUGUUUGUUUCUCACUUGUAUGUAAUGUGAAUGUACAAAAUAAUAGGAUCGUAAAAUGGAAUAAAAUUGUUCAUGUAA